CAGUGUCGGUGCCAGUCGGCCAGUGACAGCAGAUAAUAUAAGAGCAAAACCCCAGACUUUUACAACAGCUAAGUGACUACAGAUUUGGGUUAUACAACAAACCCCAAAAAUGGCAGAGCAAUGGGGAGAUGCAAUUUAUGCAGCCCGGCGAAAGGGAGAUGAAACCACAAGGGAAGCAAUGUUCACAUAUACCAACAGUAAUAACACCAAGGAUCCCUUUGAGGGUCCCAAUUACCACAUUGCCCCUCGAUGGGUGUACAAUGUUGCAACAGUCUGGAUGUUCUUUGUGGUUGUCGCCUCAACCUUCACCAAUGGCCUGGUACUGGUGGCCACGGCCAAAUUCAAGAAGCUCCGUCACCCUCUCAACUGGAUCUUGGUCAACCUUGCUAUAGCUGAUCUGGGAGAGACUCUGUUUGCCAGCACAAUCAGUGUCAUUAACCAAUUUUUCGGCUACUUUAUCCUAGGACAUCCCAUGUGUAUUUUUGAAGGCUACACUGUGUCAGUAUGUGGUAUUGCUGCACUGUGGUCGUUGACUGUCAUCUCUUGGGAAAGAUGGGUGGUUGUCUGUAAACCAUUUGGAAAUGUCAAGUUUGAUGCUAAAUGGGCAUCUGCUGGCAUUAUCUUCUCCUGGGUUUGGGCUGCUGCUUGGUGUGCACCUCCCAUCUUUGGCUGGAGCAGAUACUGGCCUCAUGGUCUGAAGACCUCCUGUGGCCCUGAUGUCUUCAGUGGAAGCGAGGACCCUGGAGUUCAGUCCUACAUGGUGGUGCUCAUGAUCACCUGCUGUAUCAUCCCUCUAGCUAUUAUCAUUCUCUGCUACAUUGCUGUGUACCUGGCCAUCCAUGCUGUUGCCCAGCAGCAGAAGGAUUCUGAGUCCACACAGAAGGCCGAGAAGGAAGUGUCCAGAAUGGUGGUUGUCAUGAUCUUCGCCUACUGUUUCUGCUGGGGUCCUUACACGUUCUUCGCCUGCUUUGCAGCUGCAAACCCAGGCUAUGCCUUCCACCCACUGGCAGCAGCCAUGCCUGCCUACUUUGCCAAGAGCGCCACCAUCUACAACCCCGUCAUUUAUGUCUUCAUGAACCGACAGUUCCGCGUAUGCAUCAUGCAGCUCUUUGGAAAGAAGGUGGAUGAUGGCUCUGAGGUGUCCACAUCCAAAACAGAAGUGUCUUCUGUGGCUCCUGCAUAAGUUGUGCACCAGAUCUGAGUCAGACAUGGGGAAAAAGAUGAAAAUGAGACUUUUUAUAUUCCUUGUUCACCCACACUGCAUCUCGACAACUCUGCUUCCAGAUAUUUCCCUUGGAGUGAUGGGGAAUACCUUAGUGCAUGGCAACAUCACUUUUUCAAUGCCCCUGUGACUUAAGAUCCACAGGAAUGAUGUUACAGUUUUUAUGGUAAUCAUUUGUAACACUCAUUUGUCCGUGAUAUUCUUAUCAGCUGGCUAUUCAGAAGGUUUUGCACCAGUAUAUAGCACUGCUUGAGGGAAUGUGACAAUCCGUGUGGAUUUACUAACAGUGAAAAAUUAUCACCUCAUUCUAAUGUGCAAUUUCUGCUGGACUGAUGUUUAGUGGCGAUGUAAUACUAAUCAUUUUGUAGAUAUCUUGCAAGAAAACAAAAAUCACAAAAAAAGAGUGAUUGGUAGAUGCCUGCCCAUGUACAGCAUGUAAUAUGGUUCUAUUUUUUCUUUGAUGAAAAUAAAAAAAGCAGCAAAAUAAA